AUGGAUCGUCCGUUUGAAACACAUAUUAGGGCAGAAGAGGUGGAGGAGGAGGAGGCGGAGGAUCCGCGAGAAGCGUUUUUGGACCUCGACGACCCCAACAAUGAGAUCCUCGACGAAAGCAAGAUGGCGGAAAUCGAAGACGACGACAACGACGACGAUGGCGGGGGGCGGGGGGAAGAGGAAACGCAGUCCUGCGGGGCACGUGAUGUGGACGAGGUAGGAGACGCGGAGGAUCUUAAUGGCAUUCCUGACCGGGAACCGGAUCGUGAUGAUGCCCUCUGCGUUUUCCGUGGACGUGAUGGGCAUCCGCUACAUGCUGUCACCGCCCAUCCACAUGACACCCAAAUCUUUGCGGCGAGUGGGGAAAGUGACGAGGUGUACAUCCUGCAGCUCGCGUCGGACAGGCGCACGGUGGAAACGAGGGCAGUGUUACAAGGCCACAGUGACACGGUCAGCCUUUUGGCGUUCUCACCAGACGGGAAGUGGCUCGCGAGCAGCGGUAUGGACUCUGCCGUAGCGCUCUGGUCCACGUCAACGUGGGAGUUGCGGCACUGUCUUCGCGAUCUCAGUGGCGAGAUACUGACACUCCUGUGGCACCCAUCUAGCCUCGUGGUACUCGCUGGUGGCGAAGACGCGCAGGCGGCCAUGUGGAAUGUUUCAAAAGGAACGCUUGCCAUGUACUUUGCUGGCCACGGCGGCCCUGUGACGUGCAUGGCGUGGUCACCAGACCACAAGAAGCUUCUGACGGGCAGCGGCGACGGCGGUGUCAUCGUCUUCAACCCCAAGUUUGGAGAGCAGGAGGCGUACAUCACGAAAGGUCUCAGUCCCGACAGGGCAUCUGUCACGGCGCUCUGUUUUCUUGGAGACGAUGACCGCUGCGUCGUGGGAUGUGAGGAUGGCACGAUGCAUGUUAUCUCGCUGCGCGCUGGGCGAGCUGUCGCCUCCAUGCAAGAGAAACACAGCCAAGCCAUUGAAAGCCUUUGUAUCAGUCAUAGCAGCGCUGCUGAACGCAUCAGUUCGCUGCCUCUUCUUAUUUCCGCAUCUUGUGACUGUUCAAUAGCCGUCUGGAACACCGCAGACCUCACGCUUCGGGUGGUGUUCAAUGUUGGCGAGAGUGUCAUUCCCGCUGUAUGGGCGCACGGCCACUUUGUCGUUGCCGGCUGCAGCGACGGCGAGGUGAAGGUGUGGGACGGGCGGUCACUGGACCAACAGCCACUAUUGCGCUUCAUGGGGCACCGCCGUAUGAUCCUCAGCCUCACAGUCCGUGAGGUUUCUGGUGUAGUGGCCACGGCAAGUGACGAUGGAACGGUCCGCUUUUUCUCAUUGGGUCUCCAAUAG